AUGGCCGUGCCAGGCACACCGGAGCCCAACAUCAUCAUCGUUCCGGGCCACACGCUGCCUUCGCAACCCUGGUGGAAAGCACUGCACUUGACGAUACAACAAGCUUUCAAGGCCAAGAAUCACGAUGUCUUCCCUCCCUCCUGGAACCGCCUACCGGAAAGAUCGAAAGAAGCCGCCGAAAGAUUGAAAGAAGAACUCGGUCCCGAUGGUGUAAUAGCCGUCGUCCUGCUAGUCGACAGACCCAUCGCGUGCGCGGGAGUUCUGCCUUUCCGCGGUCUCGAGUACUUCGACGAAGCUCAAUCUGCUUUCGAGAAGAGAACCGCCGACCAAACACCCGUCACCACGACCGCAGACGAAACCCCCGAGGACGAACCCAGCCCCGCCACCGUUCCCAAUCUCUCCGCCCUCCCGCCCUCGGACAAACCAGGCCAAGACUGGGAGCUCUGCUGUGUCUGCGUGCAUCCGAUCCACCGACGUGUAGGACUUAGUCCCAAACUCCUGCGUGCCUUGAUCGACUACAUCAAACCCCUCGGCGCCCGCCGUCUCAUGGCCACAUAUGCCGUCAACGAGACGGGGCAGUACUGGCCGAACAUGGGGUUCGAGGUGGUCGAGGGCGCCGGGGCGACGUUGAAGAAGGGCUUCACUCACACCGAGGGGAUGGAGGGCCUGAAGGAGGAUGUGAAGUUUGCAUUGGGGGUGAAGGAGUUGUAA